CGUCACUAUGCAGUGUGCUAGCCCGUGCAUCAACCAUCAACCCGUGCGUCGACCCGUGCAGCUCUUCCCCAGAAAUCAAUUCACAACUUCCGACUUUCUAAGCCUCAUUAAACGUUACACGUUACAAUAUCUACGCCGCUCAACGGUUUUGAUUUUGAUAUCGAGAGGGAGAGCUAAUGGCAUGAAUGACGCCAUCUACAACAAUAACAAUAGCUUCCAACGUGGUAUCAUGCGGCUACUCAGAUGAGCUCGACCAGUUUCGCCCAAGCCCAGCAGCGGCUGGCUGCACGACGGGAGGCUCGCGAACGGGAAGCUCAAGCUCGGAUCGUAGCUAAUCACCAAGCUUCCCGAGCUUGGUCGGAGGUAACACGACUACCAUACCCCUUGAACCGACUCGGAACUUCAUCCCUAUCGGCAUGGGAAGUAAUCUCAUCUCGCGAGGGUACGCGGCCCGCCUUUCGAGUCGGUCAAGUCGACGCCGAGCUAUUAGACGAAGACUUAGUAGGGCAACUACGCGAUCAAGUUGGUGAAGCACUUAAAUAUUUUGGAGGAACAUUAAAAGAUGACUGGUCGGCCGAGAUACUUCUUGCACUUCGCAUGAUACUCUUCAAACUUACGGUGUGGGAUCAUGACGCGACUUAUGGUGCUGCUCUACAAAACUUAAAAUAUACCGACGCGAGACGAGACGGACCGGUUUUAACGCCUCCUAGCAAAUGGCAGAAGAGCCUCUACGGUUUGAUAACAGUUGGAGGCAAAUAUGGUUGGACUAAAUGGGAGAAUUGGUUAUUAGAUCACGAUAAUGGAUACGACCAACCCUCGCCAAUGGUACAACAGCUCUCAAAGCUUACAUCCAAAGUUACGACUAUCCACUCGGUAGCCGCUUUUGUUUCGUUUCUUGCAUUUCUGUUACACGGGAGGUACCGGACAAUCCUGGAUAGAGUUCUAAGAAUGCGUCUUGCACCGCCUACUAGUCAAGUCAGCCGAGAAGUCUCCUUCGAGUACCUUAAUCGACAGCUAGUAUGGCAUGCAUUUACCGAGUUCUUACUAUUUGUAUUACCUUUAGUCGGUAUCAACAGAUGGCGUAGGUGGCUUACUCGCACCUGGAGAAAGACAAAAGAGAUUAUCAACGUCAAUACGGAAGGUGAUAAUUCCGGCAAACAAGGCGAUUACGCAUUCCUACCCGAACGUACGUGCGCCAUUUGCUACCAGGACCAAAACUCGGCCGUAUCAGAGACUGAAGUUUUAGCUGCUGCCUCGAGCGGAGUUGUGGGAUCGGCACAGACCGAUAUCACGAAUCCAUAUGAGACGAUCCCAUGUGGCUGUAUAUACUGCUAUGUGUGUCUAGCGACCAGGUUGGAACGUGAAGAAGGGGAAGGGUGGGCCUGUCUGCGGUGUGGCGAGCUAGUAAAGGAAUGCAAACCAUGGAGCGGGGACGUCUUAGAAGAGCAAACGAGAUCGCCCCCACCGACCACAAAGCACGUUGGAUUUCUUGACGAUCAAAAGCCUGCCGUAGAGAUUAUGCACGAGAACAACGAUAUCACUUACGAGCCUGAGGAUAUGGCUCAAGAUGAGCAGCCUUUAGUGGAAGCAUUAGAUACCCCUGAAGAUGACGACUCCGAAGUGUACGAGGAAGAAGAGGCUGGAUUGGAAGCAGAAUUCAACGACUGAUCACUGUUUCUCCAAACCCGAUGUACUUAGGAUUGCAGCGCCGCAUCUACAAUUCUAUACUAAAUUGAGAUAGGCCGGGAUCUAUCCGAGCAACAGUCCUAGACGACCUCUAUACCAACGUCAUUGAUGACAUACUGCAGCUUCUCAUUUCAAAAAAUAGAAGAAUUCAAUCUAAUACUCGCAAAAGCUGAGCCGACGAUCAUGUCGGAGACGAUGAAGUUCCAUCUCGUCUAACCGACCAUCUAUCCAUACGCCUCUCGUGCGUCUAAUCUCCAAUGGCUGAUCAAAGCAGGCGCCAUCUCAUUCCCUCCAUUCAUGCCUUUACCCUGGCAUAUAGGUUAUUCAUCGUUCUGCCAUACUUAAAAAAAAAAGUGGCUGUGAGAUAGCCUAUUAACCGACCCUGGUUUCAGGGAUAUGGUCGGAACUGCCAGUAAGGCUGCAGGAUAAGCCCGGGAAUGGCCCACGGGAAGGCCCCAGUUCAGCUCAUCGGACGAAGUUCAGCAGGAUUUCUACUGCUACCAUGUGCUCUCCGGCGGCAGUGCGCUAACCCCCAUCAACCCCGAUGCUCCACUAGAGCCCUAUACUCCUGUCCGGCCCGGACCUCAAUUAAAU